GCGUGAUGAUGAUGAGUCGGGGGGUGCUCAUGUUCUUUGCCGGGAACAUGUGAUAGCUGGCGUGUGUCUUAAAGGCACGGGGGCGCGGAAGUGCCGCCAGCUUGUCCAUGUUGAGGCCGCCGACACAAAAUUCCUUCUCAAUCCAGGGCACCUCGUCCAUCAUGUGGCGCUCGGGCUGUUCCCCAUCGUUCAGAAUCAGACUCAGCAUGUGCUGGGUCAUCGUGAACCAUCUCUCUCUCUCCCUCUCUCUCUCUCUCUCUCUCUCUCUCUCUCUGUCUCUCUCUCUCUCUCUCUCUCUCUCUCUCUCUCUCUCUCUAAAUCUCUCUCUCUCUCUGUCUCUCUCUCUCUGUCUCUCUCUGUCUCUCUCUGUGUGUCUCUCUCUCUCUCUCUCUCUCUCUCUCUCUCUCUCUAAAUCUCUCUCUCUCUCUCUAAAUCUCUCUCUCUCUAAAUCUCUCUCUAAAUCUCUCUCUCUCUCUCUAAAUCUCUCUCUCUCUCUCUCUCUAAAUCUCUCUCUCUCUAAAUCUCUCUCUCUCUAA